AUGUGGCUUAUCCGUCAUUACCACAAGAAUAAUCGAUUUCAUCCCAUCCAGGAUCGAUUUAGUACAAAUACAAGCCUCCACUGUGAAAUCACCCCACAACACUCUUCAUUUUCACCUUCUCACCCUCAUCACUCUUUUCUUACCAUACCCUUCACCUUCUCCAUUUUCCUUCUCAAACUUCAUCUCUUAACUACUCUGUCUCUCUCUCCCCCUCCUCCUAAGAAGUUUUCCUUCUCCGACUCUAUUACCUCCUUCUCUCAUCUUCUCCAUCUGUUCAUCUUUUUCCUUUUUCUCUUAUUUUCACUUCCUCCUUCUUACACCUCAUCUUUCUUCUCUCAACUUCUCCCAUCUUCUCUCACCAUUUCUUCAUCAUUCUCUUACUCCUCUAAUUUUUCUCCUCCUCCUUUUCACCUUCUCCAUCUCUUCCCCUAUUUCUCCCACCGCUUCUCUCCUCAUCUCUUCAUUGAGGGGCUUAUCAUCGACAAAUCAGUCACGUUCUCCUUUUCUAUCUCUAUCUGUUCUUUCUCUUUCCCUGUUUGUCUGUCUUUCUCUCUCUCUCUCUCUCUCUCUUUAAUUGUCUGCGAACAGUGGAAUUGUUCCUGCACUUUUUCCGGCACAUCGGAACAUUAA